CGAGAGCCGGAGACCGGCGCCGCGGGACGGAAGCGAGCGGGCGCGGGCGCCGCGCAGAUGGCCGGGGCGAGCGAGAUCUGAGGCUCGGCUCCCCGAAACGUGACCAUGUGGAUUCAACAGCUUUUAGGACUCAGUUCCAUGUCUGUUCGCUGGCCCGGCCGCUCCCUGGGAAGCCAAGCGUGGAUUCUUAUAGCCAUGUUUCAGCUUGCCCUGGAUCUGCCCGCGUGCGAGUCCCUGGGCCCGGGCCCCGAGUUCCGGCUGCUGCCCCGGCCGCCGCACCGGCCGCCCCGCUUGUGGAGUUUUAAGAGCGGACAGUCCGCCCGGGUCCCGGCGCCCGUGUGGAGCCCCCGCCCGCCCCGCGUGGAGCGCAGUCACAGUCACGGGCAGAUGCCGAGUUCCCGGGCGCGACGGGCGCACAGACCCAGGGACCAGGUGGCCGCGCUGGUGCCCAAAGCGGGGCUGGCCAAGCCCCCAGCUGCUGCCAAAUCCAGCCCUUCCCUGGGCUCCUCCGCAGCCUCGUCCUCCUCGGCAGGGGGCGCUGGGGCCCCCACGGACCAGCAGGCCCUCCUCCGGCGGGGGAAGAGGCACCUGCAGGGGCCCGCUGUCAACAGCUUUGACUUCCGAGGCAGCAGGCCCACCACGGAGACGGAGUUCAUUGCCUGGGGGCCCACAGGGGAGGAGGAGGCCCCAGAAGCCAACACCUUUCCGGGCGUUUACGGCCCCACCACGGUCUCCAUCGUACAAACACGGAAGACGACUGUGGCCGCCACCACCGCCACAGCCACCACGGUCACCUCCGUGCUGCUGCAGACUCAGGGGGUCACCGAGCCCCUGGACCCCAGGAAUAGGAUCCCGGUGGGGAUUAGCACAACGGAGCCUUCCACCAGUCCCAGCAGAGACAAUGGCAGAGACAGCCAGCCCCCACGGGUUCUGGGGGAGACCUCAGGUUUGGCGGUCCAUCAGGUCGUCACCAUCACCGUCUCGCUCAUCAUGGUCAUAGCUGCUCUGAUCACAACUCUUGUCUUAAAAAACUGCUGUGCCCAGAGCGGGAACACGCGUAGGAACAGCCACCAGCGGAAGACGAACCAGCAGGAGGAGAGCUGCCAGAACCUGACAGACUUCACGCCGGCCCGGGUGCCCAGCAGCCUGGACAUCUUCACAGCCUAUAACGAGACCCUGCAGUGUUCACACGAGUGUGUCCGGGCGUCCGCGCCCGUCUACACCGACGAGACACUGCACCCGGCCGGGGAGUACAAAUCCACCUUUAACGGGAACCGACCCUCUUCUUCUGAUCGGCAUCUUAUUCCUGUGGCCUUUGUGUCCGAGAAAUGGUUUGAAAUCUCCUGCUGACUGGCCGAAGUCUUUUUUUACCUCCUGGGGGCAGGGCAGACGCCAUGUGUCUGUUUUAUGGAUUCCGUUGGUGAACCUGUAAAAAAAAAAAAAAUUAAAAAAAAUUAAAAAAAAAUUAAAAAUUACAAAAAAACCCACAAAACCUAAAACUAAACUGUCCAAGGGGAGGCUCCCCACACCUACCACUUCUGUUUGCCGGUGGGGAACUCACAGAGCAGGACGCUAUAGGCCAAAUCUAUUUUUAUAAAAAUGCUGACGCCUAUGGGGGCCUGCCUUCUCCCAGCGCUUCUCUGGGGAACAGGAAGGAGCCGCCCACGAGAAGGAGCCGGAGACCGAGGGGAGGGCAGGAGGACGCACCGGAGGCCCGGACUCGACUGCGAUUCUGAACCUGUGCCAAUAAUACCAUUAUGUGCCAUGUACUGACCCAUGAGACUCGGUGACAAGGCCGAAGCCACGCGAGCCACGAGGAGGAAUCUUACCGAAAACAGGAGUGUGGGACUCUCUCCCGGUCGCGUCGCUCUUUCUGGUUAAUAUAUAAAUAUAUAUAAAUAUAUAAAUACCCACAACACACACAACUACCCCCCCCCUUUUUUGUACUGUAGCAAUUUUUGAAGACCUUCGAUGUUCCUUUUUAAAAAGAAAAAAUGUGUUCUCAGUUACAAAAUCUCAUUUCUUUUAACACGCUUAGUAUGAACAGAACGCACUGGUGUUUCUACUUUGCAGACACGCCGGCACCCACGCACACGACACGUCCAUGAAAUGCGGCUCCACGAGUGAGCGUAUUUGUCCUGGUCACCUGGGGUCCCCUUGCCAGCCACCCCGGGGCGGCCUCGACUCGAGCGAGAGACCCCUAAGGGGCACGUCCUAGUGACGGGCGCCAGAUGAGGGUGUAUUAUUAUCUUGGGCCAGAAUUAAAAACGCCAUGGUUUUAUAUACAUACCUACCUACAUAUAUAUAUAAUCUAUAUGCACAUAAAUAUGAUCUUUUUUCGUUGAAUUGUUUGCAGAAGCUACCUAACAGCCAUGAGCACACGUGUGGCCGCUUUACAAAGGGGCCUGAGCGUCAGGUUGCGAAGGUGGGGGGUGGAUUCUUGGCCAUCUUUGUGUUAUACAAGCAGAGACCGAAUUAAAGAAAUUUUCCAGUUCCAAAUAUUAAAGGAAUAUAACCUUG